AUGCCAGUAAAAGCUAUACAAAAGUUGUCUGUUGGGCGCAACGGUGUUGGGGCAUAUGUUGUUCCAUGUCAUAAGAUUGCUUUGCAGUAUUGUAAUUGGGGAGGGUCUUCAUCUGGAGCGAGAGAUUUCCUUUCUUCUGGAGCACUUAACGAGCUUGCCUUGAAGAAACGAAAUAUAGUUUUCGAAAUUAAAAAGGUGCUGGGUCAUCCUAAACUCAAGUUUUAUUAUGCAAAUAAGAAUUUUAAGGAGAUUGAAGUGAAAAAUUUUAACUCUAAAGAAAUCAAAGAAAAAUUAGAGGAACUCUCGCAAUCCAGCGGUAACAAGUUGUCUAAAUUUAACCAGAGAGUUCUUUCAAUAAAUGAAUCUGUCAGGGGUGUUUGGUCACCAUUGCACGUUCCAAAGGACCACAGGCAUAGAAUCUGA